AUUUUUCAGUCAUGGUAUUGGUAAGGACAUGAUGUCAAAACCUGGAGCCUGCCUGCAGAUGACCAUAAUGGAUUUUGACUGCUUAGUGGCAGAUGACUUUGCUGGAGAAGUCUUGAUCUCUUUAUCCUCUAUUAACCCCAUGGCCUUCAAUGAACAUGUGGAGGACCAGCCAGUCAUCAUAAGGUCACUACUGAGACCAACUGGACAUUGUCAGGAGCUUAAGGUGAUGGAAGCAAGAGUUUCAUGGGAUGAUGCUGCAAAGACUUUCUUAGCAGAAAGGCACAACGUGAUUUACAAUCAACCAGAGAGAACAGAUCAGAAAGAUGUCAUGGUAACAGUCACAGGAAGUCCCAGUCUCAGCACACUCACAAGCAAUCUUCUCAGUUUCUUUGGUGGAAGUUCCAAAAACUGAUCCAGUUUGACAGAAGUUUCAUGGAAAAUAUUUAUAAUUUGACUUUAGAAUAUUAUAAGAGGCUGCAUGAUAGCACCAGUAGCUGUAAUCAAAUCAACCUCAAUGAAAAAAA